GCGGGCGGUCCCUCCGCUGAUCCGUUUACCUGAAGGAGGAGCUGCCUUUGCUGCCUUCGCCGCCUCCGCCGCUUGGGCUCUGGGAGACAACAACGAGACGAGGAGGAGGACGACGACGAGGACGACGGAGGGUCUGAGGCUUAUGAAGAGUUGACCAGCAGUUACGAUUUUUCUGAGGAGGGAGAAGAGGAAUUUGUAUAUAAUGUUAAGUAUGAUAGCAUUCAUUUUUACUUUUAAAAAUUGAGGUACCAAAUUGAGUUUUUCAUUGCUAUGUUUUAUUAUUGUUUGCUUUGGGGGGUGUUCCUUUACUAAGCAGUAGACUAUCUUCUUGUCUCUAUGUUUUAAAUUUAGUUAGUUCAGUCAUACAUAGCUUUAUGGUACCUAUCAUAUGCAAGGCACUAUUCUGGAUGAUGGGAAAACAAAGAAACUGACACUUUCAGCCCUAGAGGAGAGAGAUACAAGUAUAUAAAUAAGUCAAUACAAAGUAAUUUUAAGGAGACUGUGAAAUGGGGAGAUCAGGAAAGAUCUUUAGCAAUAAGUACUCAAGCUAUGCUUUGAAAGAAAUGAGUAUAAGGUAGAAGUGAGGGAGAAUUUAAUUUCAGACAUAAGGGAUUUGUUCUGCAAAGGCACCGAGGUGAGAGAUGGACUGUCAGAUUAAGGAGGGUAUGGUAUUAAGUCAUUUUAACUGGAUACCAGAAUGUAGGAAGAGAAGAAAUAUGAAUUAUGUUGUAAAAGAAAGUAGAACCAUAUUUUAGAUGACUCAAAGUGUCAAGCUAAGGAGUUUGUAUUUUAUUUUAGAGGUAAUAGGGCAUUGCUGAAAAUUUUGAAUAGGGUGGUGACAUGAUCAGAUGUUUAUUAUAGGAAUAGCAGUUUAGCCAUGGGGUGGAGGAUGGAUCAGAGAAGGGGAAACUGGAAGAAGGAAAUUAGGGAGAGUUGAGGAAGGCCAGAAUUGAUGUGAAGGCUAAGUGAAUGGAAAAAAGGGCACAGAUAUGACAAAUGCUGGAGAGGUAAAAAUCAUAAAACUUGACAAGUGAUUGGAUCAAGGAAAUAAAGAAGAAGAGAUAAUCAGGGAUGACUCCAAAGUUGCAUUUUGGUGACCAGAAUAUGUCCUUAACAGAAAUAAGGGUAUUUGGAGGGAAGAUGGGUUUUGGAAAAAUAAGUAUUGAAUUUUGUUUUGGACAUGUUGACUUUUAGAUGCCUACAGGGAAUUCAGGUAAAGAUGUCAAGGAGACCUGAAUUUCAAGAGAAAAAUUAGCCAGAUAUAUAGAGGUAGGAAUCUGAAUAGAGAUGAUAAUUGUAGCUGAUGAAACGAGAUGAGAUAAAGUGAUAUACAAUCUGAUACAGUAUUGUUGAGAUAACUAAGACAGUGCUAAGAGAAAGAAGAGAGGACUGACUAGGACAUAGUAAUAAAAUGUAAAUAAACCCUUCAGCUUUAGUCUGUACUGACCCUCUAAUAUACUGUAUUCCAGCCAAAUUGCCCUACUUGCUGUUUUUCAAGCUCAGCAUUCUAUCUUUCUCCUGGCAAGAUGAGGAAACUGAAGCAAACAGGGUAAAGUGAUUUUCCCAGGGUCAUCCAGCUAAGUGGAUUUUCUACAUAUGAUGGCAUUCUGUUAAAGGAGAUCAACAUUUAAAGAAGAUGGACAGCUACCUUAAUUGGUGUGAGAAAAAAGAAUAGUUAGAAGUAAACCUAGGAGGAAAUGGAGUAAAUUCAUCAAGCAUUAAGGGCCUGCUGUAUGCCUCACACUGUCCUAAGUACCAUAGAUGCCAAGACUAAAAACUCUCUGUUCUCACAGAGCUUACCUUAUAUUGGGGAAAUCAGGAGAAUUAUCUGUCAAUUAAAGGAAGAAAUAGCUGGUGUACUAAGAUGGGAUCUGUUGUUUGGGAAUGUGGUUAAUCAACUUGACAUGUUAGUCAAAAGCAAUCUAUAUAAUAAAGUGAAAAGAAAAGACAAGAUGAUGUCAUUUACCUGUAUUGUGAAACCAAAAACAAAUGCCUUUUGUCAGAUGAGGUUAACAAAGCUCUGUCAAUGCAAAGAAUAUUUAACUGUUUGCAAAGCUUAACAGCAAGAAGCAAAGAAGUAUUUUCAAGCAGAGACCUGCAGGUGCAUGAUAUCUAAAAGUAUAUUGAAUAGGCCUGCUUAUCUGAAUAUUAUUCAGAUCCAAGAAGGAUGGCUAUAAGUUGGAUAUUCUUCUAUCUUUGGUCCAUGACUAUGUUUGUGGGGUACCUAAGAGGGCACAGUUUAUUUUCUUGUGAGCCUAUCACCUUGAGGAUGUGCCAAGACCUGCCUUAUAAUACUACCUUCAUGCCUAAUCUUCUGAAUCAUUAUGAUCAACAGACAGCAGCUUUAGCGAUGGAGCCAUUCCAUCCUAUGGUGAAUCUGGAUUGUUCCCGAGAUUUCCGUCCAUUUCUCUGUGCACUGUAUGCUCCCAUAUGUAUGGAAUAUGGACGUGUUACACUACCCUGUCGUAGGCUAUGCCAGCGAGCAUACAGUGAAUGUUCUAAACUUAUGGAAAUGUUUGGUGUUCCUUGGCCAGAAGAUAUGGAAUGUAGUAGGUUUCCAGACUGUGAUGAACCCUAUCCUCGCCUGGUAGAUCUGAAUUUAGCUGGAGAACCAACUGAAGGAGCCCCAGUGGCAGUUCAAAGAGACUAUGGUUUCUGGUGUCCUCGAGAGCUGAAAAUUGAUCCUGAUCUGGGCUAUUCUUUUCUUCAUGUGCGUGAUUGUUCACCUCCUUGUCCAAAUAUGUACUUUAGACGAGAAGAACUUUCAUUUGCUCGAUAUUUUAUAGGAUUGAUUUCCAUCAUUUGCCUCUCUGCCACAUUGUUUACUUUUUUAACUUUUUUAAUCGAUGUGACAAGAUUCCGCUAUCCUGAAAGGCCUAUUAUUUUUUACGCUGUCUGCUACAUGAUGGUGUCAUUAAUCUUCUUCAUUGGGUUUUUGCUUGAGGACCGAGUAGCCUGCAAUGCAUCUAGCCCUGCCCAGUACAAGGCUUCCACGGUGACCCAAGGAUCUCACAAUAAAGCCUGCACUAUGCUUUUCAUGGUGCUCUAUUUCUUUACCAUGGCUGGCAGUGUCUGGUGGGUCAUACUCACCAUCACAUGGUUUUUGGCAGCUGUGCCAAAGUGGGGAAGUGAAGCUAUUGAGAAGAAAGCAUUACUUUUUCAUGCCAGUGCAUGGGGCAUUCCUGGAACCCUCACUAUCAUUCUUUUAGCUAUGAAUAAAAUUGAAGGUGACAAUAUCAGUGGCGUAUGUUUUGUUGGCCUCUACGAUGUUGAUGCAUUGAGAUACUUUGUUCUGGCUCCCCUCUGCCUCUAUGUGGUAGUUGGAGUUUCUCUUCUAUUAGCUGGUAUUAUAUCCUUGAACAGGGUUCGCAUUGAGAUUCCACUAGAAAAGGAAAAUCAAGACAAGUUGGUGAAGUUCAUGAUCCGGAUUGGUGUGUUCAGUAUUCUGUAUCUUGUACCACUCUUGGUUGUAAUUGGAUGCUAUUUUUAUGAGCAAGCUUACCGUGGCAUAUGGGAAACAACAUGGAUACAAGAACGCUGCAGAGAAUAUCACAUUCCAUGUCCCUAUCAGGUUACUCAAAUGAGUCGGCCAGAUCUAAUUCUCUUUCUAAUGAAGUAUUUAAUGGCUCUCAUAGUUGGUAUUCCUUCCAUUUUUUGGGUUGGAAGCAAAAAGACAUGUUUUGAAUGGGCCAGCUUUUUUCAUGGACGCAGGAAAAAGGAGAUGGUAAAUGAGAGUCGCCAGGUACUUCAGGAACCUGAUUUUGCCCAGUCCCUUUUGAGGGAUCCCAACACUCCUAUUAUUCGAAAAUCAAGAGGAACUUCCACCCAGGGAACAUCCACACAUGCCUCUUCUACCCAGCUGGCUAUGGUGGAUGAUCAGAGGAGCAAAGCAGGGAGUGUCCACAGCAAAGUGAGCAGCUACCAUGGCAGUCUUCACCGAUCUCGUGAUGGCAGGUACACUCCUUGCAGUUACAGAGGGAUGGAGGAAAGACUCCCUCAUGGCAGCAUGUCACGUCUAACAGAUCACUCCAGACACAGUAGUUCUCACCGGCUCAAUGAGCAGUCACGGCAUAGCAGCGUCAGAGAUCUCACUAAUAACCCCAUGACUCACAUCACCCAUGGGACCAGCAUGAAUCGGGUUAUUGAAGAAGAUGGAACCAGUGCUUGAUUGGUUUGUUCAGCAGGGAGAACUUGGGCAGUUGUGAAACCUGGAUUCCAUUUCUUUGUCAUUGCAUAACUGAUUACAGAAAUUCAGUAUUAUCAUGCUUUCAUUCAGGUGCUUAUUGUAUAUGUUGGGAAAGGGAAAGUCUCUUGCUUUUUAAAGUCUUGUUUUUACAUUACAUCAGAAUUAAAAUAUUGGGCAGCCCAACAAACUAGAAAUUACAAACUUCACUUGAAAUAUAGUUCUGUUCAAGGUUAUCUAUAACUAAUUUUUUGGUCAUCUUCCCCAAAAGACACAUUCUGAAACUUAUUUUAUAUUUAGAAAAAUUUAAUAUUUAAUAAUUACCUCCUUGUUAGUCAUCCUUUGUAUAAGAAGGAAUUCAGGGUUAAGCUGUUACUAAGGUUUAAAAAAACUUAUUCUCUAUGUUAAAGAAAUUUCAUAACAGAUAAACUGAUACUUGUUUCCACUAAGAAGACCUGCAUGUUAAGAGCUAUACCUAGAAUUUCAGAAACUAUCAAUUGUUUCAGUAAAUACUGUGGAAAUACAAUAGAAGAAUAUGACUGAUCUAUUCAACACCAUUUUCAAAUUCUAUUAAAAAUAAAUAGUAACUCUAGAGACAUUCGAUAGCAGGAUUAGCCAUAAAGGGAAAGAAGACAAGGGAUUUUUCCCCGUAUAAUUUUGUCAUUCUCACUAUCAUCAAGUACAACUUGUGCUCAUUUUGUAGUUCUAAGUUAUUUACUUGCAUGGUGGAGAAAUUUCCAUUUAUAUGCAGCUAAUCCUGUACAAUAUUAUAGAUUUCUAAAGAAAAUCCAUACUCAAAUCAGUUCCAUUGAGGUAUGGAACAGGAUAAGGAGACCGAGUUUAUGGUGACCAUAAUCUCAAAAUACCUUCCCUUUUUUCUAUGAUGAAGCAUUUUUCUGUGAUGAGACUUUGCCUCUUCCCCAUUUUCUGGCCAGUAAAGCAGCUGAAGUGUUGAAGAAGAUAGAGAGGAUGCUACCAAAGCACCAGGCCCGGCCUUGGCAUCUAAGGCCCCUCUACUCAUCUUCUGGCAGACUAUCUGCACAUACUUACUUGCCUUGCCUGAAGAGACUCCAAAGCCGUCAUUGACACUUAUUUUCAGUUACUGGAUAUUCAAUUUAAUUCAAUAGACAUUUGUUAAGUGCCUACUAUUUUCAUUCCAGGCAGUGUGUUAGGCACUGGACAUAUGAAAACAAAAAUGAAACACUUAUCCCCACAAAGAAUUUCUAAUCCACAAGUAAUUCUCAUUUCCAUCUAAAAUAUUUCAGUAAUUGCUGGAGUCCAAAGGUAGAGUUAGUUGUAGGUGUGUGGACUACAAAUAGAAGCUAAAUGAAACAUGGCUGUGCUUGUAACAUAGUACCUCCUCCUCAAAAUAUUCAAAAAUCUUAGUGAUUUCUUGUCUUGUAAUGUAUAAGUCACUUUCAGUAUUAGAUUGUGAUCUUAGGCAUGAAAAAUUGGUCUGUAAUUAAUGAAAUUAUUAGUAAUAAUAUUCAAACUUUCUUGUCACUAAUGGUGAUCUGAAAGCGCCUAAUACAACCAGAAACAAGAGCUAAAUUUUAUGGCAUAUUUAUGUAUGCUUUGUUGUCCAAAUGUAUUGUUUGCCUCUUAAAAACAUGUGUACCAUUAAGAACUUUAAGGCAUGCAAAAGUGCCAUGAUAAUGUAACUGACUAACAGGUGUUUAUUUUACUGCUUCUUGCUGCCUCCUUUUUAAAACAGAAAGUAGUUUUUUAUAAGACAGUGUACUUAAUACUAUAUAUGGUGUGCUGCAACUUAGCAAUUCCAUUUCUUCUGUUGUUUUUAUCUGACAAGUGAGCAACUAAAUGUUUCUUUUUGAAGUAUAUAUGUAAAUUAAUGCUUUAAAAAUCAACAUAGUUUUAAUGGAAAUUCCCUAAUGCAGUUAUUUCAGUAAGACAUCAUUCAGAAGUUAAUGCAAGAGAUUCAAGAUUUACAUUAAGUCUAAAAAUCAUUAUUUCCAAGGUAUACUUAGUUAUGAGAUUCCUUGUAGUAUUAAUGAAGUUACCAACUUAAGACAUUCAGACUUUCACCCCAAAAAUCCAGGGUCUUAUUUAAAAGAAUUUUGGAGGAUCUAAAAUUUUUAAGUAGAUGACAUUACUGUUUUAUAAGAAUCAUCUAUAAAAAGAUGAGAAACAUGUAAAUUGACAUGAAUGAAGCCUCUUUCUCUUGGACUAUUUUAAAUACAAUGGAUUUUUUAAAGCACCUAUUAUAUGCAAGGCAUUCUGCUAUAUUACCAAUUCCAAUAAUGUGUCCCAAUAAUGAAUUCAGAAAACAAAUCAGAAUAGUUCUAUAAAGUGAAUAGUUUGUUUUCUCUUUGGUCUCUUGAGUGACUUAAGAUCUUAUGGAUCAAUAGGUGAAUAUUGUCAAACUUUCAGUGGUAGUAAUUUUUUUUCCUCCUUUAGAAACUAGAAUUGUUUUCUAAAAGUUUCAUUUGUCACUCAGAAAUAGAAAAGCUAAUUACCUUUGUACCUACCUCAUUAUUUGCUUUGUAGCAUAGCUGGAAAGCAAACAAUUUGAAUCAUCAAUAAUUUUAAUACAGAUCAAAUCCCAUUAUAGUGUGAUCCGAGGAACUAUCUUGAUUUUUUUUUUAAUAGACUACUGGUUGAAGCUUUGGAACUGUUUGAAGGAUGGGAGGGGGAGAUAUAGAGAUAUUUAAUUACAAUGGGAUUUGACCUAUGUAAUGCAAAGGCAGAGUUCUACUUACACAUAGUCGUGUUAAGAUGACAAAAUCUUAGGGAUCUGGGGGGAAAAAAGAUGUUAAUUUCAGAAGCUUCCUAACACUUAAAAAAAUAAAAACAAAAAUCUAAUGAUUUGACCAAUAUUCCUAUAGUAUGGCUGAGAAAUCAAGGAUCCACAUUAACUUUUCAAAUUAAAAAAUUCUUUAGGAGCCACUGUAUUCUUAAAAUUGAUUUGAUCUUUAUGUUCAUGUGCCAAGCUAGAUUAUCCUCUCCAAAAAAAAAGCAAUUCAGUGAAAUAACUUUGAACAUCAUUUUUGGGAUCUUUACUAUAUUAUUCACUCAACAUGUUAAUAUGUAAUCAGAAUAUGAGUGAGUUUCUGACAAAAGGGGGAGAAUGGACCAUACAAUUUCUGUGGACUUUCAUGUGUAAAAAGAUUACUUAUUUACUAAAAACAUUGUGACUUUCAUCUUGGCAGACUUGCAUUUCAGGUCAUUACUCUGUGGGAAGUGUGUGUGUGUGUGUGUGUGUGUGUGUGUGUGUGUGUGUGUGUGUGUGUGUGUGUGUGUGUGUAUGUAUAUGUGUGUGUACAUUUUUUAAAAAGUCUAUGUAAAGUAAGGAUUUUAUUCCUCUUUCCCCUUCAUCCCACAAAACAAAGGAUGGCAUUUUGUACAAUAUAGAUUUACAAAAGGAAUCAUGAUUUCUCUGUUUUUACAACUGAUUGAAAUAAGGAAGUGUUUACAUUUAACUCAGCUACGUUUAUUGGUAGCUUUAAGGUUUUUAUAAAUAAUUUAUGCAUUAUGUUUUAAUCUAUUUUUAUGGAAAAACCUAAUUUAAUAUUUUCCCCAUCUUUCCUUCUACCAGUCAGGAGAACUUUAUAUUUAGGAAAGACAUCUAAAAAAUAAACAUACAGGGUUUUUCAAUUAUCUUAUCAAGUAUAAGAACUUAGGCUCUCAUCUUUCUAAUUUUAAUUCUAACCCUCAUAACUUUAACAAUGAAGGAAACAUUAUGAUUUUUCUUUUAAGAAUGAAAAUAUACUGUCCUUUAGAAAGGAAAUUAUUGAAUACUUACUUAAAGCCAAUGAUCUGCAUAAAACUCCCAUUCAGUAAUUCUUUAAAAUGCCCAAGUAAUAUAAAUAAUUAUACUUAAUUAAACAAAAUUUUAUGAAUGUGUUGAUUUUCCUACAUGUGAAAUGAAAUUCAGUGAAAAUUAACUUUUCAUUGUCCUACAGAGAUUACUGAUAGAAAAAAUUUUAUGUCCUUUAGUCCAUUCUUUUUUCAGUAGAUAGUUGUUCACCAUUACAAGACAUCUGACCAAGAUUCAAUUUAAAUGUAUAACAUCUUAUUACCUCAGAAUUAUUUUAUAAUAGUAAUCAAAUUCAUCAAAUGGUAUUUUGUUUUCCUUGAGAUAUAUUCAUUUUCCAUGAUACACAUGUUUCACAUGAUAAUUUUAUUUCAUAUAUUGAUCGUUCCAUUUUUGGUUUUUAUUUUACUAUUUUCACUGAUGCCAAAUUUGCCCUCUGUUAUGAAAUAUCAAUUUUCCAUUUUUAAACUAAUUAUAAUUACUAACAUUACUCAUAAAACUAAUCAUCCUUUUCAUUUUGUAGUUCACCAUUUUAUUUUUAGAAUUAAGCAGAUCACCAUUUCUUAAUCUAUCCUCUUUAUACCCAUAGGUUACAAGUCCUAUAAACCAGCUAAUUUGUAUAUAUUAAUUUUCUAAUUAUUUACUUUGGUAGUAUUUUCCUGUCUUUUCAAACUCUUUGUUACUUCAUUAUUUUAACCUUCCUGCGAAAUCCAUAUCUAUAGUAGAAAAGACAAUGUACUACAAAUCAGGAGUACCAGCUUUUCUGAUAACUAAUUUUACAUGGUGCACUUAACAAAUGUAAGCCUUGGUUUCUUCCUUUAUAAGAUGAGAGAGUUGGCCUAGAUGAUCUUUAUGCUUCCUUCUGAUUCCAAAAUUCUGUAAUUCUUUCUUGACUAUUUUAUAUUUGUCAUUCUGAAAUGUUAACCAUUUUCUCCUUUUGAACAAUACUAGUGUUCAUUCCUGCUUUUUAAAAAUUCUACCAUAUUAUAAACUUCACCUCUUGCUUAAAAAUAAUUUUAAAAAGACUUUAAAAAGAUGAAAAUAAUAGAAGAGGUAAAAAAUAGAUUUUCUUGUGCAGUAAAAGGUUCCUUUUUCUAUUUAAUGUUACUUUUGUCUUUGCAGUCAAAUUGAUUUUUCUUGAGGAUAUGUUUUUCUUCAGAUUCACAUUUUUGUUUGAAAUGUUCUUUACUCAGCCCUGAUUCUUUUAGGUAUUGAUGCAAAAAUUUUUAAAAUUAAGUGAAUUAGAUAACCCUAGAAAAUGGAAAUGUAUUAACCCAUCCUAAAAUAUUUGCAGCCAUUUUAUUCAAAUCAAGAAGUUGUUAGGAUUGCCACAGUAUUUUACGUAAAAGUAAUCAGCUAACCUAACCACAUUCUAUUUCACAGAAUUAAAUCAUCAGUCACAGUAGGCAAAAUUGGCAUCUUUGAUAUCAUCGCAAUGCCUGAAUCAAGGGAUAUACUUGAGGCAACAAUGAUGUCAGGGUGUCCAUAUGGCUAAUUAAGAAACUUUCAUCAACACUGAAACAAUGGCAAGGGAUAGUUGAGUAAUUAUAAUCAAUAGUAAUUUUACAAGUUUGAUUCUGCCUAGUUGUUCUCUAUAGAUGAAAUGGAAUAUCAAUUAAAAAUGUAAGAUAACAUUUAAUGAAAACCAUUAAUGUUGUAUUGCUAGUGAAAAUAAGAAUUACACAAGGUUCAGUGUUUUCUGAUUUGUUCUUAGAAGAUGAAUUUCCUUUUCUCCUCCCAUGCACUCCAAUUCUGAAAGGGAGAUAGAUUUUCCCCCUUCUUUACACACCUUUCCAUUGGACUCUUAUUACUAGGAAAUAAUUUGGUUUGAAAUUUGGUUCCUCUAUUUUGAGACCAGACCAUAAUAGCAGCACAUUUAGUGCUAAUGCACUGGGAUGAAUACUUGAAAAUAACUUGUUUUUCCUUUUUUCUCUAAGGAAAUGAAAAUAAUUUUCAAAAACCCUGUAAGAGAUUGAUUUAAGAGUAUUAGUGUGAAAUUUCUCUUUUUUGCUAGGUGCUGUUCACCUGAGCUGGAAGAUAUAAGAACAAAUACUUUUACUCUUUCACUGCCAUUAUACUCUUUUUAACUGUCUAAUAAUUUACGUCCAUAUAAAAUAAUUUUCCAGACAGUUUUAAGUAUCAAUUCUGGGAAAUAAUACAUAUUUGCUUUUGCCUCUAGACUUUAAAGUUUAUUUCUUAAAUAACUUUGCCUAUGGAAUUCUGAAAAUUUUGCAUAUGUAAAAAAAGUCUUAGGUUUUAGAUGUUUACUUUGGAACUUUAGAGAUGGGUAUUGAUUUUCAUUGCAAUUGCCCUUCAAAGAAAAUGACCCCAUGGCAUUCAGAAGCUGUCAAAUUGCCUUACCCUUGGACUUUGAAGAUUAAGGGUUGUAGUCAGUGGAUUUGGGGGAAUUUUUAUAUUAAUAUGUGUAUAUAAUUAAUAAUGACUACUAGUAUUCAGUAUUCCUAAUACCUGAACUUCCAGUUGUUCCAUUAUUCCAGCCUUUCUUUUUCAAAUAAUGCAUUAUUUUUUAGACCAGAUUUUAUACACAUAGUGGGAAAGAAACCAACAAAAGAAAAAACCCUUAGUUUUACACACACACACACACACACACACACACACACACACACACACACACAAAUAUGGAUUUGAGAGGCAUUUUUCAUAGCACUAAAAGCACUCCUGGAUUUAGUCUAGGGAUCUGCUACAUACCACCUGAAUGGUCUUUCAGUUGCCUUCACCUUAAUUUCCUCAGUCCUAAAUCAUAUUAACUUCUAUUUAUGCCCUUCCCCCUCCACUACCCAGCCCCAACUCACAGUGCCCUGGAAGGGAACUGCAAUUAUAGGUCACUGCAGACUCUAUUAGGUAGGAAAUGAUGCUCCCCAAUUUACUGGUAACAGUACUUCUAAGAAACAUUUAAAGUGACGGUAAAAUAACAAGAGCUGACCACACAAAAUAAGGGAAGGAAGUCAGGAGACAGAUUCUAGAAUUACUUGUUUGACUUUGGUCAAAUGAUGUCACCUCUCAAAAGCUCAGUUUCCUUAUUAAUAAAAUGAGGUUGUCAGGGAGGGAAGAAGAUUGGAGCUCUUCCACCACCUAAAUCCUGUAAUCAUAAAUCCCUCACAAAGUCCAUGUAUAGUUUUUAAACUUUGGUGAACACAAAUAACUGAGGCGGUAAAUAUAAUAGAAAAUACUCUAAAAGACAAAGUGAAUUUCCUUCUAGAGCUGAUAUAGACACCAAUUCAUCAAUCCCUAGGAUAUGCUUAUAUCUAAAGUGGCCACUUUUCAAAUCAUGGACUCUGAAAUACAAAUGUGUUAUUUACAUUUGCAUGGCAUGAUUAUUUUAAACUUUUAACAGAUUUGCCCUUAACUCUUAUUUAAAGUUUGCCUCAAUCAUGCUGAAAAUCUACACUAUUUGGUUUUCAAAUUGCAUAAGGACUUUAUGAAGGACCCAGUUCGGUAUUUCGAGUGUGUAGUAUUUUUCAUCCUCAAUGCAGGACCUGAAUGUUCAGCUCUGAACCUUUCUACUCCGAGCAUUCUAUAUUUUGUGCAGUUCCUGUCCCUCUCCUUCUAAGUGUCAUUCUGUCUUCUGUAUGUACCCUGUGGCUCCGGCCACCUUCCACAUCUGUUCCCUGCGCUGACACCUCUAGGACCAGCGCUGCUGCUGUUACUCAAGUCAGGAACGGAUUUCCCCCUUUUCGCUAUCACUACGAGGAGCAUCACCAGCUCUUUCCUUUCAGGAAUGUGGUAGAAGGAUGGAUAUACAAUUUCUUUGUUGGUACUCUACAAAAUUAUUAAUUUUACAAAGAAUUUUAUACAAUUUUUCAAUCCUCUUCUGAAUUGUUGCUGCAAAUAUUCUAGAAUGGUCAAAACGCAGUGUUUUUCAGCCACUUUUAAAAGAUUAACGGUUAGAAACAGGUUUUUAUGUAAAGGUUCUUCAUUUGAUGGCAUUACUCCUAUGUGUUUCCUUGGAUGUGUUCAUUAAAAUUAUACUUUUAGGUUUGCUCAUCUAUUUCUAAAUGAGAGGAAAAGUUAGUGUUCAUAAGAUCUGUAUGAAGCAAGUGCACAUGGUUAGAGCAUGGCAUUGUGUUUAACAUUAGCUGAUUGUAUUUGCACUCUGCUCUUGUAGAUUCACUCUGUUUACAGUAGACCAGUGUCAGUUUUUGUAAGUGUUUUGUUUUUAGCACUUUAACUGUGAGUGUACAAACUGAUUUUAAAAUGUAGUGGUUGUAUAUUUUGAUUAUAGAUGAUUUGAAAUUUUUAAUAAAAUUAAACUGUAUAACUUGUUCUCCA